AUGGGGCAGAUUCAGCAAACAGAGAACUCUAAGGAUGUUGAUGUCCAAAUAAUUCAGAACAUGUAUCAAAAGUUUGUGUUGGAGUGCCCAAGUGGACUACUUUUUCUGCAUGAGUUCAAGCGUUUCUUUGGUGUGGCAGCAACAGGAGAAGCGUCUGAUUAUGCGGAGAGCAUGUUUCGAGCUUUCGACAGAAAUAGGGACAACAAAAUUGAUUUCCUUGAGUUUGUGGCAGCACUGAACCUUGUUUUCCGGGGAGAACUAGAGCCUAAACUGCGCUGGUCAUUCAAGGUGUACGACCAAGACUGCAAUGGCUAUGUGGACAGGGAUGAACUAAAAGCCAUUAUCAAUAGCAUCUAUAAGAUAAAGAAAGGCACAAAGAAGGAUGAGGACGAUUUUAAGCUUACAGUAGACGAGGCCGUGGAUCGAUUAUUACGAGCCGUGGAUACCGACAAUGAUGGUCAUAUUAACAUGGAGGAGUUUAUUAGAGGCGCACAGCUGGACCCCUGGGUGCUCAACAUGCUGCAGUUAGACACGAACCCUGCAGGAUGGGUGCUGGAGCAGCGGAGUGCACAGUUCUGA